CCUUGUCCGUCUCAGGUCCCUCCCUAAAUCCCCAAAUCUAAAGGGGGAAGGAAAAAAAUCCCAAAGACGAGAAGGCGAAAUGGCGGCCUACGGCGAGGGCGCGUCGCUGCCGUCUCCCGCGGGCGGAGACGACGGCUGCCACCGCCGCGUGAGCUACUUCUACGAGCCCACGAUCGGCGACUACUACUACGGGCAGGGCCACCCGAUGAAACCCCACCGCAUCCGCAUGGCGCACUCGUUGGUUGUCCACUACGGCCUCCACCGCCUCCUCGAGCUCUCCCGCCCCUACCCGGCCUCCGAGGCCGACAUCCGCCGCUUCCACUCCGACGACUACGUGGCCUUCCUCGCCUCCGCCACUGGCAGCUCGGGCGUCCUCGACCCGCGCGCCGUCAAGCGGUUCAACGUCGGCGAGGACUGCCCUGUCUUCGACGGUCUCUUCGCCUUCUGCCAGGCCUCCGCGGGAGGGAGCAUCGGCGCCGCCGUCAAGCUCAACCGCGGCGACGCCGACAUCACCGUCAACUGGGCCGGGGGGCUGCAUCACGCGAAGAAGGGCGAGGCCUCCGGGUUCUGCUACGUCAACGACAUCGUCCUCUCCAUACUCGAGCUCCUCAAGUUCCACAGGCGUGUGCUAUAUGUAGACAUUGAUGUCCACCAUGGAGAUGGCGUGGAGGAGGCGUUCUUCACUACGAACCGAGUCAUGACAGUUUCCUUUCACAAGUAUGGGGAUUUUUUCCCUGGUACUGGACAUAUCACAGAUGUUGGAGCAGGUGAAGGGAAAAACUAUGCUCUGAAUGUUCCCCUGAGUGAUGGUAUUGAUGAUGCCGCCUACCGUGAUCUGUUCCAAUGCAUCAUGAAAAAGGUGAUGGAGGUUUAUCAGCCAGACGUUGUUGUCCUCCAAUGUGGGGCUGACUCUUUGGCUGGAGACAGGUUAGGUUGCUUCAACCUGUCUGUGAAAGGCCAUGCAGACUGCCUCCGUUUCCUUAGGUCAUACAAUGUUCCUAUGAUGGUUUUAGGUGGUGGAGGGUACACCAUCAGAAAUGUUGCACGCUGCUGGUGCUAUGAGACUGCAGUUGCUGUUGGAAUUGAACCUGAUAAUAAGUUGCCUUACAACGAUUACUAUGAAUAUUUUGGCCCUGAUUAUACUCUUCAUAUACAACCAAAAAUUGUGGAGAAUCUGAAUACUACAAAAGACUUGGAGAACAUGAAGAACAUGAUAUUGGAGCAUCUCUCAAAGAUAGAACAUGUUCCCGGCACUCAGUUCCAUGACAGGCCAUCAGAUCCUGAAGCUCCAGAGGAGAAAGAGGAGGACAUGGAAAAGAGGCCACCUCAGCGCAGCAGAUUAUGGAGCGUAGGAGCUUAUGAUUCUGAUACAGAGGAUCCUGACAACAUGAAAAGUGAGAAUAACGACUUAACUGCCAACUUGCACAUGAAGGAUGAAUCGAAUGAUGAUUUGUAGAAGAGCCCCUGAGUUACUGAGUUCUCUGCGCUCAUGAUCGUCGACAUGCACGCUGAAGAGCAGGGAAACAUUUGAAUAUGUACUGAUUAUCUGGCCCCUGGCCGUUUGUAAACGAUGAAUGUUCUGUCUGUUUCUAACUUUCCUGCGUGUUGGUUAACUCUGGCCGUUCGCCCAUUCGGUACAUUUGUUGUGUUAGAGGAGAUUAUGCGGGCAUGAUUUUGGCACUAGUGUGGAUUUGCUGCUGUAAUGUGUUGAAUCGAUAAUUGUAGUGCCUUUUUUUAGAAAAAUAAACGAUUACAGUAAUCAGUACUUAUGAGGCCUCAGGUAUUUACCAUUUGGCAUCAGAGCA